GAAAAUGUAAGUUUAUUAUUAUCUCUUACCAACAGCAGCAUUAUGUGUUCGAUCGUCAGCCAUUUUUCUAAUCUUCCAUCCAUUCUUAUUCGCUUCAUCCGUUCGUAUACAUAACCUAGUAUGCCCUUAACGAAGCGGUGAAUUUAAAGAAAUGAGUGUCAACGAUUUAUUGUGAUUGUUAUGAUAUUCGAACUUUGUGUAUUGUUCAAUAUUAUAGUAAAUACUGUAGUAAACAUUAUAGUAAACACUUGUUUGAUAAGAACGAACUAUACAUAUAACGUAUAAAUAAAUCAAAUAAGUGCAUUUACUAAGUUAAUAUUUAGACAAUUCGAUCUUCCUUCUUUAUAAAUUUCUUUCUUUGAUAAAUAAGAAAGUAUAAAAGCAAAAAGAAUGAGUUAUGCAAUAUUACAUCGAUUAGUGCUGAUACCAUAUAGGCAGAACAUAAAUUUUGCUAUUUAUCGCAAGGUUGAAAAUGUUUUUAUGUUCUUCCAGGAGAAGAUUACUAUACCGAUAGCUUAUUCUGUAAAUAUGAAUGUAUGUAUUUCGUAUAGAUCUUUUUAUAAUAAGUGUCAGCUUCUCAAAAAUGUUAUUAUAACUAAUAAGAAAGGAAUUCAAGAGAAUAUUUCUACACUUCAGUUAAAAAAGAGACCUAUAUGGAAAAAUAAAUCUGUUGUAGGAGAAGAGGUAUCUUUAAUUCCUGGAGCUUGGAUCAUAAAAGCAUUAGCUACAGCAGAACAGUAUAACUUGGAAAGCUUAGAAAUUGGACUUUUGAAUCAACAACUAUAUAUACCUCAUAAAAUUUGUACAUCUACAAAUCCUCUACCAGAUGUUAUUCAUGCAAUAGCAAAAUAUGAAGUAGGACAUGAAGCGAGAGAAUUAUAUUUUUUCCGAGAGGGUACAAUUGUCAUGUGGAAUGUUUCUGAUUUGGAAAGUGGGAACAUAUUACAAUUUUUAAAACAUUAUGAAGAAAAUAGUUAUACAUUAGAAUUAAUUCAUGCUGAAAGCGAAUUAAUGACUUAUAUGUAUACGGAGAGUGGAAAGAAAUGUCAUAUCAAGGAUGGAAAUAUAAUACUUACACGGGAUGCUACAAAUUUGGAAAAAUAUACAUUUUCCAAUGUAAUUGCACAGUCUGUAAAACUUGGAAUUUGGGAGACAUCAUUAGGUCAUUAUAUAAAUACGGUAGAAUUUGUAACAGAAGAUUUAAGAACUGGUAAAAAAUUGCGAAUGUCGCAACGCGAAGUCCUUAGAAAACAGGGUGAAUUAUUUGCAUUAAGACAUUUAAUUAAUCUAAGUUCAGAUUUAUUGGAUACUCCUGAUUUUUAUUGGGAACGAGACGAUCUAGAAAGCUUAUAUCAACAAAUAUAUGGAUACUUCAAUAUAGCAAAGCGUACAAAGGUAAUGAAUGAAAAGCUAAAUCAUUGCGUGGAGCUCGUCGCAAUUCUUUCAAGUCAUUUGAGCGAUCGACAUCAUAUUCGCUUGGAGUGGAUGAUCAUAGUUCUUAUAAUGGUAGAAGUUGCAUUUGAAAUAUUACAUUAUGUAGAUAGAUAUCUUGUAAAAUAGAUAUUACCAUAGUUUUCCUAUGCAUAUAUUAUGCACAUAUUGUUAAUAUGUAUAGAAUUCAUACAUUCAUCAAACUAUUGUAUAUAUAUUGUAAAAUUUAUUUUAUAAGGCAAAUAUAUAUGUUAUUUUGUUCA